AUCGCAUAAUCAACCAGUUAUAAAUAUCCUGCAAUUAAAUUAAUUUCUAAACGUUUUGUCAAUCGUACAAAUCGCUUAAUAAAGCUAAAAAUUACAGUAAUUCACAUCUGCAAAUUCUCACAACCGUACACGCAACCAAUAAGUUUUAACCGAUUAUGCCCAUAGUAAAUGUAGAAAUAUAUAAUGUAUAGGAUAUCGACUCUACCUCAAAAUGGUUGCCUUACUAUAUUUAUCAUACAAAUCACACAAGCAUGAUUGAAUGGUACGGUAGCUUGGAAAGGUGCUAAGCACCCCAAAUUCGAAACCUACCAUUUCAGAUAUAAAUGUUUGUGUGGUCAGAUAACAUGCAUAUCUAAUUUUCAUUGUAAGUAACCGGGUCUAUCAGAUAUUGGUAGAUACCCUCAGAAGAUUAAUCAGUUGGGCUUCAGUCCACCAGAUACCCCGAGUUAUCAAAAAAAAAAAAAAAAAAAAUAUAUAUAUAUAUAUAUAUAUAUAUAUAUUUGUCAUACAAUUAGAGCAAUAAGUGGAAAAUUAAGUAUGCUACAUAUAGUAAGACAGAGAGAGAUAGAGCGUUAAAGAUCAAUGUUUUCGGUGCCAUAUAACAAAAACUGAAAUUGCCAUAACAGUCGCGACAAUCUACAAGUGACAAUGUGACAUGAUCGGUCUGACAAGGACAAUCAAAGAAGCUGCCCUUCUCAUUUUUAUAUUUUUCAUCUUUUCACAUUACCAAACUUUAUAUUAUUUUCUAAUUUUGCAAAUAUUUUCCGUCAGUAUUCACAUUUCUCUCUUCUCUAUAUAUAACCACACUAAGUUUUACAUCUCUAAUACAACCCUAAGAGCCUCGGAGAAACAAACCCAGUUCAAAGCGUUCGCCGGGAGGAAAAGAACAUGCCGACGAACAAAACACCGUUCCUCCCCAUCUUCCUCGGUUUACUUUGGUUCGGUUCAUUUGCCGGUUUAGAAUCAACGACCGGAAAACUUCCUUCGAUUCCGGGAGUAUACAUUUUCGGAGAUUCGUUGGUUGAUGCAGGAAACAAUAAUUACUUAGCAAUUUCCAUAUCCAAAGCUAAUUAUCCACGUAACGGCGUUGAUUUUCCUGACAAGAAAGCCACCGGAAGAUUCUCUAACGGCAAAAACGCCGCAGAUGCUAUCGCUGAGAAAUUUGCUUUACCGUUACCGCCGCCGUAUCUCUCACUGAAAGUCCCAUUUAAAGAGAAAGAGAGAAAAUCUGCGGCCUUAACUGGUGUGAAUUUUGCUUCCGGUGGAGCUGGUAUCUUCAACGGUUCCGAUCAAAAGCUUAGGCAAUCUAUUCCUUUAUCGCACCAAGUGAACGAUUGGCAAGAGAUUCAUAAAGAACUCACAAGUCAGCUUGGACCAUCCGAAGCACAAAACCACCUAUCCAAAUCUCUAUUCUUCGUGGUAAUAGGCAGCAACGAUCUUUUCGACUAUUUUGGAUCGUUCAAACUUCGACAAAAGACCAAUCCUCAGCAAUAUACACAAUCAAUGGCUGAUAAGCUCAGAGAGCAAUUAAAGAGACUUCACGAUAAUGGAGCACGUAGAUUCCUUAUACUAGGUGUAGCACAGAUUGGUUGCACACCUGGACAACGAGCGAGAAACUCGACGAUGCAUGAAUGCAACGAAGAGUCUAACAUGUGGUGUUCUUUGUACAACGAAGCUCUAGUAAAGAUGUUACAACAAUUUAAACAGGAGUUGAAAAGCUCAAUGGCGUACACUUACUUUGACAACUUCAAGUCCGUCCAUGACAUUAUCACCAACCCUGCCCGCUACGGUUUUGCGGACGUGACAUCAGCGUGUUGUGGAAGUGGGGACUUAAAUGCGGACUCUCCUUGUUUUCCCGUGUCAAAUUUAUGCUCAGACAGAACCAAAUACCUCUUUUGGGAUCGCUUCGGUCAUCCCACGGAAGCUGCUGCUCGGACCAUUGUCGAUCUUAUGUUAUCUGAUGACUCGCAAUACUCAUCUCCUUUAACUCUGACUCAACUUGUCUCUUCAUGAUCAAUAUGGCUUUGUUUUCGAAAUAUUCGAUCAUCAAAUAGAAAUGGGUUUUGGCGAAUUGAUUUGUAAUCAAGUAUAUACGGGCCAAUUCUGUUGGAAAUCUAAUGUUGUGUAUUGAUUUACUAGUGCUUCUCACCGUUUUUUUUUUUUUAAUUUCCCAAUGUUCCAAAACAACA